UGGGGCGGUGCCGUGGUGUUUCCUGUAGCUUUUGCAGAGACCGGCACUGGGAGAGAGGCAGGAGAAACCAGCGGGGACGAGGAGCAAGAAAACCGGCCGCAACAUCACGGGAGCUCCGCCGCAAUGGCGCACCAGACCGGGAUUAACGCUACCCCGGAGCUCAAGGAGUUUCUCUUCAAGGCGCGGAACGGGUCAGUGCGGCUCAUCAAGGUGCUCAUCGAGGAUGAGCAGCUGGUGCUUGGCGCGUACAAAGAGCCGUCACAGAGCUGGGACCAGGACUACGACCGCUUCCUGCUUCCCCUCCUCGAGGAAGAUGAGCCCUGCUACAUCCUGUACCGACUCGACUCCCAGAACGCACAGGGCUACGAGUGGCUCUUCAUUUCCUGGUCACCUGACCACUCACCGGUGAGGCAGAAGAUGCUGUACGCAGCCACCAGAGCAACCGUGAAAAAGGAGUUUGGAGGGGGACAUGUCAAGGACGAGAUCUUCGGAACGCUCCAGGAAGACGUCUCGUUCCUGGGGUACCAGCGGCACGUCUCCUCCUGCUCUGCCCCUGCUCCCCUCACCGCUGCCGAGCAGGAGCUGCAGCAAAUCAAAAUCAACGAGGACAGGGUGGUGCAGAACUCGAAGCGCAUAGUGGUGAAGACGGAGAUCAGCGUGGAGAGUAAACACCAGACUCUGCAGGGCCUGGCCUUCCCCCUCCAGGAGGAAGCUCAGCGAGCCAUCCUGCUGCUCAAGCAGAGGAACAUCAACUACAUCCAGCUGAAGCUGGAUAUCGAGCGUGAGACGGUGGAGCUGGUGCACACCAAGGCCACGGAGCUGGGGGAGCUGCCACGCCGCAUCCCCACUGACACGCCUAGAUACCACUUCUUCCUGUACAAGCACAGCCAUGAGGGAGACUACCUGGAGUCUGUGGUGUUUAUCUACUCCAUGCCCGGGUACAAGUGCAGUAUUAAGGAGCGGAUGCUGUACUCCAGCUGCAAGAGCCGGCUGCUGGACGAGGUGGAGCAGGACUUCCAGCUGGAGAUCGCCAAGAAGCUGGAGAUUGAUAACGGGGACGAGCUGUCUGCAGACUUGCUGUACGAGGAGGUCCACCCCAAGCAGCAGGCCUUCAAGCAGGCCUUCGCCAAGCCCAAGGGGCCGGCCGGCAAGAGGGGCAUGAAGAGAAUCAUCAAGGGGGCUGGCGAGAACGGAGAGGACCGCUAGAGGAGAGGCUGCCAGGCUCCAGGAGCUGGACUCUACACCCGUACCGUCCUUACAAAGAUGACACAGCCCCCACAGGCCUCUCCUUCUUCUCUUCCACCCUCCUCCAGGGACUGGGCAACGGUCAUCCAUUGUCGCCUCUUUUCAUUUCUUACCGACAUCAA